AUGCCGAGACCACGAAGCGAAGGAAGCAAGGCUUCAACCUCAUCGACGAUGCCACCGACGGCGGCGGCGACGCUGCCGCCAUCGCCGCCAACGACAACGACGACAAUGACGACGGCAGGAACACCACCGCCGCGACCGACGCCGACGCCGACGCCGACGACGACGGCAGGAACACCACCGCCGCGACCGACGCCGACGCCGACGCCACCGCUACCGCCACCGAUGCUAAAUGACAUCUCCAAAAAAGUGGAGGCGUUGAGAAGAAAUGUACAAAAAUUAACAAAGAAAGAAAAGCGGCAAAGAUACGCUGCUGCACGAAGAUCGGGAUAUGCACCAGCGUACCCACCUAUACCUACGUAUCCGCUACCACCCUCACCGUAUCCUGGCGGAUACGCUGUGUACCCACCGGCGCCUGCGUACCCGCCAACAGCAUACCCGCCAGCAGCAUACCCGCCAGCAGCAUACCCGCCAGCAGCAUACCCGCCAGCAGCAUACCCGCCAGCAGCAUACCCGCCAGCAGCAUACCCGCCAGCAGCAUACCCGCCAGCAACAUACUCGCCAGCAGCAUAUCCGCCGUAUUUUCGUUAA